UUACGGCAAAGAAAGAUAAUUAAAGUUUCUAUUUGUUUUUUACGAAGUAUGAUAUAAAAACUCGAAAAAAGACAAACACGGAAAAACUUGAAGAAAUCGAAUUAUCAUGUUUUGCUGUUUUGCUUUUGCAGAGUUGCAGCAGCCGGCCCAAUAGGAAACUAGACCUUGUUGAAAAAUGUUACUGACAUUCAAUUUCAUUCAUCUUUUCGUUUACUUUUACUCAAAGUUAUAAGGAGAAUUUGUCAAAUUUCACAAUUUCAGAUCUCACAGUACGUGUUUGUACGGAAAAGUAUUCAUGUGAUGUGUAAAUUUGAAUAAAUCUAUCAUCUUCUGCACAGUUGACUAAGAUGAGUGAUAACGAAAACGCCGAAUGCGAAAAUGAUCCUGAUAUCGUAGAAGAACCAGAAGAAAAGUUGUUCAAGGUGGAACUUGCUAAAUCUGGACGGUCCAAGUGCAAGAAAUGCAAAGACUCCAUUAAUGCGGGUUCACUGAGAAUAGCAAAAAUGGUAACGAAUCCAUUUGGCUCGGGGAAAAUGCCCGCUUGGCAUCACGUGGCUUGUCUAUUUGAAGCCUUCAAAAAACAACGAGCUACUACUCCAAAAAUAGAGAAGAUUGAUGAUAUGGAAGGAUACGAACUUCUGUCGGAAACUCAACUAGAAGAGGUUUUCAAAUUUUUACCCGAUGAUGCUAGAGCUCAAUGGAAGAAAAAUUGUUCGGAAAUUAGCAGCGAAAAAGCUACUUCAGAGAAACGUGAAAAAACCAAGUCUUCGGUAUCUUCUAAAGCUGUUGAUUACUCUCAUAAAGACAACUCUUUGAGGGAAUUCAGAAAACUUUGCCUUUCAGUUGCUAAUGAAAGUAGUUAUUUGCGUAAAAUCAAUAUUAUGCGAAACUUUUUCCAGAAAGGCACGGAUGGACAUUCCUUCAAAGGAGAUCUAUUCUUAUGGUGCCGUUUAUUACUGCCUGGAGCUGUAAAAACUGUUUACAAUUUACAAAGCAUACAAUUGGUAAAAAUAUUCAGCAGAAUAUUUCAAACAGAUCAAGAGGAAAUGUUGAGACAUUUGGAUGAAGGAGACGUAGCGUUAACAGUAGGCGAAUUUUUCGUCAAGAGUAAAACCGUACAACCUGCUGCAAAAAGCACCCUCACUUUAAAAGCAGUUGAUAUAUUUUUAAGGCAGUUAUCCGAAGUCACCAAAGAAAAUGAACAACAAAAACUUUUGAGCAGCUUCAGUGAAAAAUGCACUGCCAACGAUUUACAGUUCGCAAUUCGUUUCAUAAAACACGAUUUAAGAAUUAAUGCCGGACCAAAACACGUUCUGGAAGCUCUUCAUCCCGAUGCUUAUCAAUUAUUCAAGACUUGUCGCGAUAUCGAUAUGGUUGUGAAACAAAUUACCAGUAAAACCGGAGAUUCUAGUGAAGGUAAAAAUGCGCUGAAAAUUGAAAUUAAACUUCUUACGCCUGUAUCGCCCAUGCUGGCAGAAGCUUGCUCAUGUUUAGAAUCUGCCAUCACAAAACAUCCUAAUGGACUUUACGCCGAAACAAAAUACGAUGGAGAACGAGUUCAACUGCACAAAAAAGGAACAGAUUUCAAGUUUUUUUCUCGUAGUUUAAAGCCUGUGAUGCCUCAUAAGGUCAACCUUUUCAAAGAUUUCAUUCCUAGAGCGUUUCCAACCGGAAAUGAUCUUAUUUUAGACUGUGAGGUGUUAAUGAUAGAUACAAAUACUGGGAAUCCUUUACCCUUCGGUAGCUUGGGUAUUCAUAAGAAAAAUGAAUUUAAAGAUGCAAGUCCUUGUUUAUUUGUCUUCGAUUGUCUAUAUUUCAAUGGAGAAUCUUUACUUGAUACACCGUUGAAGAAACGUCGAGAAAUACUUGAGAAAAAUAUGAUCGAAAUUCCGAAUCACGUCACUGUUUCCGACGUGAAAUUGAUUGAAACACUGAAACACUUGGAAAUAAUGUUGACCAAAGUAUUAGAUUUGGGUUUGGAAGGACUCGUUCUUAAAGAUACGAAGGGCAUUUAUGAACCCGGAAAACGUCGAUGGAUUAAAGUAAAACGGGAUUAUCUAUUCGAAGGGAAAGCUGCAGAUUCUGUCGAUUUAAUCGUUCUAGGAGCCUGGUAUGGAACCGGAAAUAAGGGAGGAAUGAUGUCUAUAUUCCUAAUGGGGUGUUUUAAUGAAGACGAUGAAAAAUUUAAAUCAGUUACCAAAGUUCACGGACAUGAUGAUGAAACAUUGAAGGCUUUGCAAUCUUUAGAUAUGGUUAAAAUUAGUCGAGAUGUGAAUAAAGUUCCUCGUUGGUUAGAUGUCACAAAAACCAUGAUACCUGAUUUCGUUGCUAAAGAUCCGAAGAAAAUGCCAGUUUGGGAAAUAGUCGGGCAUGAGUUCACCAAACACGAUGUUCAUACUGCCGAUGGAAUUUCAAUGCGAUUUCCUCGCGUGAUGAGAACUCGAGACGAUAAAACUUGGGAAACAGCUACCAACUUGUCUGAAUUGAAAGAUUUGUACACGAUAUCCAAGACAAAUGCAGCCUCUAAACUUCUGCCAUUCUUAAAUUCGUAUUCUGAUUCAAAUUGUAGCACCAAAACGACGCCCACAAAGAAGCCGAGAAAACAGAAGGAAAACAUAAAGAGCAAUGAAACUACGCCUGAUAAAAUUAAACGAAAAAUGCUUCCGGAUCUGCCGCUUCCUAACUUAUUAUCUGGUAAAAGAAUAAAAUUGGAAAAAUCCGCAGCUAAUGAAGAAUUCCGAAGACAUUUCAUAGCUUACGGCGCCGUAAUCACGGACGAAACAAAUCAAGCAACUCAUAAAGUUGUCUCGGGAUCGUUUUCGAUAGAGAAAGAUAACUUUGGCGAGGUAUGUCAUUUCUUACUCACUUCAGGUGAUUCAUUUUCAAAGAAAAUCUUGUCCGCCAAGGCUUGAUUAUGAUUCGGAGGUUUAGAAAUUCGUUCGUAGCUCUAUCGUAGUCGUACUAUGAAGGUUUUUAUCACCCCUUUAAUUACUGGGAGAAAUUGAGAUCUUGAAUCGUGGAAUUUUUUGUGAUCAACUGUGCUUGUUUCUUGUAAGAAUUUCCUAAUUAAGAUAUCAAUUAUCUAUAGAUAAUUAGCGGUGGUGAUGAAAACCUGAAAGUACGUGGACUUCGUUAUGACCUCCCGCAAAUUGAAUGCAGAUAAGUAAUUUAAAAAUGUUCACCCCCCCCGGGGGGGGGGGUAAUUGAUUUUUUCCGUAGAAGUAUCGAAACGAUAAUCUUCAUUAGUUUUGUUAAUUAUAAUUCAAGUAAUUUUUUAUGGUGAGGCAGAUUCAUUUUAAAAACUUAUUUUUUAAUGUAGGGCAUGAUUAUUUUAUCGAAAAAAUCAUAUCUUUUCGGUGAAAUACAUUUGUUUUAUCUUUUUCGAUAGCUGAGGGAGAGAUGUGUCCCACCCCAUGACUUCUCAAAAUCCAAAAUCGAUCUUUCCAAGUUGCUUUUUGCUUUUUUUCAAUUUAAUUUCUUUGUAAAAAAGGUUGAAUUACUAGUAGGGAAACGAAUCACCUGUUAGUUUAAAUUGAAUAUGUAGAUUAAUAAUUAAUUCAUCGAUUAUAAUCGAUUGUAUUACUGAUUAGUUGAUCAUUUUUUUUACAGUCACUAAUGAUUUAAGCAAUUGAUUAUUUCAAAUGUACUUGAAAAACUGAAAAUUAAAGGCGGAGUUAUUGAUCUCAAAAUCGACAAAUUAAAAAAUUUCCAUCAAUUUUA